CUUGAGCAUAUCAUGACUUGCAAGGCGUUCUUGAACUACUCUUCAGCUUGAAUCGCGUAGCUGAACGCAUACAGCCGAUAUAAUGCAUUCGGUAAGCCAACCAGUGCACAUUUUCAUCCAUAAGCAAGAUAGUGCUUAUGUUUGUUAAGAGAACAUGAGUGACGCUCUCGCUAGGCCCUUCAAUCUGUAUGCAGGGUCGACGGGGACGUUGCUUGGCACCGCCUCUCGCAUCCUCUUGCACCAUGCGCUAUUUUGCGCCUGUGGGUCCCAAUUGGGGUCUUUGUAAGGUACCAUGGGCUGGGCUGUCUGGGUUCUGAAAAGGCUUCGCGACCUCUGUACGAACCGGCCAGCCGCUCACAGCCGACAAUCGGUCUGCUGUCAACACAAGCCUGAAUGUGGGUCAGCUAUCGCUGUCAUCGGACCCUUGCCGUUUCCUUCAAGCGCAUAUUCAGUCUAUCCACAAUCAGUCUAAAGCCCUUAUAGCCUGAGCGGAUCUCCCUGGCAGUAGGGCCACGCCCUCCUGCCACACUAUCCUCUCUCCCGUCAGUGAUGGUUAUGACAGCAGCCAACUCCUGCUCUGGCGUACCCCCGGAAACGCCCGAGGAACUCUUCGCCGACAGCAUUAACUUCAUCGGGGACACCGUUGUCGCAGGUGCUCUCUACGGCAUCAUGACAGCCAUCGCCGGCCUGUGCGCACACACGUUCAUCCGGCUCCGCAGGCGCCGGACGCGCCGCCGUCUCGCGUUUCUCCUGGGCUACGUGGCCGUUCUCUGGGUGUGCGGCUCGCUUAUCAUUGUUGGCCUCGCAAUCUCGAUCAAGACGGUCUAUGUGGACCUACGGCUGACCGAAUCUAAGCCUUUCGCGGACUUUAGCCUUAAGAGCCCUAGCAUGGUCGCGACCGUUUACUCGAACUAUCUCGCGAUCAUUCUGGCGGAUGGCAUGAUGGUGUGGAGAUUCAAAGUGAUCUGGCGCGAUUCGUUCUAUUACCGGUGGUUAAUCCCGAUGCCCGUUCUCCUCUGGCUCGCCAACAACGUUGUCGUCGGCCUCUUGUCGAGCAUGUAUAUCACCGACUCUACACAUUACCUCAUCUACGCACAAACCUUGAUCGUCCCAGCGUUCGUGCUGUCAAUGGUACUAAACUUGUAUACAACUCUGCUUAUGGCGGGAAGACUGGUCAUGUUUCGGUGGCGUUUCAAGCAAAACGAGAUACCCGGGAGCUCAAUACCAUCGUCGAGACAAUACACAGACGUAGCAGCAAUGCUCGUCGAGUCAUGCGCCCUGUACACGUUCUUCUCUGUCCUCUUCUUUGGCUUCUACCUCUCGAAGAGCCCGCUGCUUUCGGUGAUGGCCACGAUCCUGCCGCAGACGCAGAUGAUCAGCCCCUUGCUCAUCAUGCUCCGCAUUUCGAGAGGCAUCGCGUGGACGGGGACGACGUCGACGGAGACAACAACGCGGCAGGAUGUGGAGCUGCAGUUCCAAAACCCUAUGGAUGUCGAGGGUCAGGAUGGCAAAAUGUACGAUGGCCCAGAGUCCCCGAAAGCAGAUUCGGAGGCUCAGGGUCCUUGUAUGUGCAAGGAACCCAAGUUGUCUGGUUAG